AUUUACAUCGCCUCCCCUAUUAUACAUACAUCAUCUAUUGGAGAUGCUCCUAUGUUGCAUGCCUGUGCUUGACCUUAAGACCUUAAGACGAUGGGUGCUUCUGAAUUGCUGUCUGCUGAUUUCUUGUGUAUUCUUCAACAGGCACAUCACAUGCAAAUUCCUCUCUCAUAUGCUGAUGCUGUGAUUGGGGCUGCUGGUGCCAGUAUAAGCUAUAUCCGUAGGCACAGUGGUGCAGCAGUAACUAUUCAAGAGAGCAGAGGUGCACCAGGAGAGAUGACUGUGGAGAUAAUCGGGAGUGCAUCCCAAGUUCAAACUGCCCAGCAACUGAUCCAGAAUUUCAUGGCGGAAGCUGCUCCACAAAGCCGUCCGCCGGCUUCUAACCCUCCUGCUCUGCCAGUUGAUCCGAGUUACAGCUCUUACCCGCCACCAUAUGGGGCAACCUAUGGAUCAACUCCCACAGGUGCAGGGCCUGCUCCUCACAAUGGCGGGAGCUACGGGGGUGGCUCCUACCAUCCCAACUAUGGAUACUAGUAGCAGCAAAUGAAGUGAAGGAUUUGCUAUCUCUAUUGUGAUUGUUAAGAAUUUUAUUGCCCAAUAAUUACAUUCAUGGAUUCCUGCCAGUGUCUGACCUGUACAAAAUUAGUCGUGUGUGGUGUGUGGUCAGUCAUUGACUUUGGUAGUUUGUUUACCACCGUGCAACAUGUGGUCUAGCUGAGCUUAAUCAUUGCAUACUCUAUACUCCUUCCUCGUUCAAUACAGGCAUACAUGUAUGUGAAUGUUGAUGCUUAGUUA